GUCACUCUCCUUUCUCCCUUUCUGUUUUUGAUUUUGAGUCCUCUAAAGGAAGUUAGGGUUGGGAGUGAGAAUGAUAUUGAGUGUGCGUUAGAGUUUUUUAAGGGUCCUGACUUCAUUCCUCCUUCUACUUCAUGCAAAAAUUGAGGAGAUGUCUUUGGAAGGAACAGUGAGUGUUGUAGGAAGUAAGGUGAUGCCUCUGGAGUACGGUGGUAUGGAUUCAGAGAGUAGUCCGUCUUUGUCUAGUUCGGAAAGGACAGUGGAGGAGAGAAGGGAGCGAGAGAUAGUGGAAGAGGUAGAAGAAGAAAUUCCCUCGAAUAUUAUGGAGGUUGAGGGUGAUGUAGAUAGGUGUUAUGACCCAGACUUAGGUAUAGUAUCCGAGGUGAGGGAGUAUGAGAGUGAAUUGGGUAGCAGGGGUAGCCUUAGGGGCCUUGUAGGUAACUACAACCUUCCUCACCACGUGUUAAUUAGGCUUGCCAGGGUGAAUGAGAGAGCGUGCUUAGCACCCCGAGAUCACUGGAUGCCCAUGUAUGUCCAUUAUUUGGCAACAGGGCUUAGGUUUCCCAUUCCAAAGUUAUUGGUUGGGUUAUUGUUAGAGUAUAGUAUAGGAAUAACCCAAUUCACCCCAAAUACUUCUGGGGGUAAGAGUGAAAAGGGGUGGUAUUACUUCGGACCUCGGUCGUCCAACAAAAAGAAUAGGAAUUUAUUCACUGUUGGACCAUCAUCCAUUAAAGGAUGGAAAGAAAAGUUCUUCUUUGUGGAUGACACCGAGUGGAGUAGGAGGGAGGCCGAAGUGGAAUACUUGUCUGCUUGGAAAGUUAAGAAAGUUAAGCAUAAUGAUUACAAGUUAAAUGAGGAUGAGGUGGAAGAGGUAGGGAAGCUGGUGAGGGAGGAAGGUGACUUAGUGGAUAUCUUGUACCUCACUAGCUCAAAGGCGAUAGAGGCUGCCGAGCUCUAUGGGCCAAGCUCAUUGAGCGAAGUUGAAAUGGAGGGUUUUUUGAACACUGCUGAGGGGCUGGCUAUCCUAAAGAAGCCAAGGAAGAAGUCAAAGACUUCAAGUAUGGCAAAUAAGGGGGCAACAGAAAGGGAACACCUGUCCAGUACUUCUGCUCGAGCUUUAGAAGUACAGCAAUGGCCAGAGCCUAUAAGGAGAAGCAACGAAGAAGUAAGUAAGGAGGUGGAGCCACUUUGGAGGAAGAAAAGGAAGGUGGUAGAGCCGAAAGUUAGGGGGGAUGAGAUGGUUGAAUUCGUACCUCGGCCUUCUCCUAUUGAGGUUGAGCCUGAAGUCAGGGAGAGGGAAGAGGCCGAGGUGCGAGGCCUUGGCAAAGGCAAGGAACUCAUCCCUCCUCCUUUGUUCCAGAAGAGUUUGUUCGAGGCAAAGAACAUUACUGGGGCGAAGCGGUUUCUCACCGCAACUCUUCUGGAGGUGGAUAGGAGGCAGGCGAGGGACGAGGCGGUAAGCCAAGUGGGGGCUCUCGUUGUGAGGCACACCUUGGAGAGUGUAAGCUGGGUAAACGCUCUGGCGCAAGAGUAUGUGGAAAGCGUGAGAGACCGCACCAACUUGCAGAAGCAGUGUGAGGAGCUGCAAAAGGAGAAGGAGGAGCUGCAGAGGAAGAACAAAGAGAUGCAGAGGAAACUGGAUGAGAUUGUGCCAGCAAUCUGCGAAGACAAGAUUGAGGCUCAAGACAAGCAUAUUGAGAACAUGAACAAAGGAGUGAUGGAGCUAAAAAAGAAUGUGAAUUUGCUGGUUCACAACGAGAUAGAAGAACAUAUUGGCAACUUCCUCAACUCCAGCACCUUUGAGAGCAUUGUCAACCUCUACCGGUUGCCGACUGCAAUCUUGGCGUUCACCAACUGUAGAAAUAAGGUGAAAGCUCAGUAUCCUGAAGUGGACGUAACGACGGUCACCUUCAGCGAUCAAGAAGAAAAGGUGGAGAAGGACGGUGAAAGUCUUUCUGCUGACUUCCGACCUCUGAUUAAGUUGAGGUGGGAGCGUGAUGCAGAGGGACGCACUAUCUUUCCUCCAGCCUUUGAUGCUGAGCUCGUGGCGGUGGAGGAAAAGGCAGACCCUCCUGAAGUUCAUCCUAUUUCCUCAGACAAAGUGCAACUAGCUCCUCAUGAAGCAGAAGUACCACCUCUGCCAACUGGGGAUGAGCCACCUCAACCACCUCCUUCUGCUAAGGAGCAGCCUCCUUUUGCUAAGGAGCAGCCUCCUUCAUUGGCAAAAUAGCUUAGGAUUUCCUGUUUAUUUUUUUAGUUGUGUUUGUAAUGAACAAUUUUGUAAUUAAUUUUUUUAUUAAUUUAUAAAAUUUUUGAAGUUGUUUUUGGUGUGUAUAUUGUGAUGUUUAAUUGCUAUUUUGUUUCAAGUAAAUCACUUCGGAUAAAAUAAAGUGACCUUAAUUAA